UUUACACAUAAAUGUGUACAUACAUAAUUACAACAUUUUUUUGUUACUUAUAAUCUGUUUUAGCUGUAACAUUAUUAAAUUUCAUGAGAAUUACAUAAUUUUUGACUGUUGAAAAUUGUUAGACCAAAAAGAAAAAUUUUUUGUAAAUUGAAUUUAAGUACAUUUCGCUACACUAUAAGUACAAUUUUCAUUAAAUCAACCCAGAUUAUUCUUUAUUUGGAAAUUUUUGUGAUUUUUUAUAUAGGAAAAUGUCUACAUCAACACCAACAGGAAUUGUAAAACAUAAUGUUAAUGUAUGGGAAGGUGGUAAAGAUGAAAAUUUGUUAACAUUAGAUAAAUUAUCAGAUGAUUGUGAGGAUAGAAUAGCUAAAGUAUUUGCUGGACGUACAAUAUUUAUAACUGGUGGUACAGGAUUUUUAGGAAAAGUAUUAGUAGAAAAAUUAUUAAGAUGCUGUCCAGAUAUAAAAAAGAUUUAUUUACUGAUUAGAUCAAAGAAAGGUAAAGAUCCACAACAGCGUAUUAAAGACACUUUAUCAAAUGAGCUUUUUGAUAUGGUAAAAGAGCAACGUGGUGUGAAAGCUAUUGAAGAAACGGUUUUAGCAAUUGCAGGUGAUGUCCUUGAAAAUGAGCUUGGAAUCUCUGAAAAAGAUCGUAAAUUAUUAGCAGAUGAAGUUUCUAUAAUUUAUCAUUGUGCAGCAACUGUGAGAUUUGAUGAACCAUUGAGAAGAGCAGUUUUUCUAAAUACAAGAGGUACACAAUAUGCUUUAAAUCUGGCAAAGGAAUGUAAAAAACUUGACCUAUUCAUCUAUGUUUCAACAUCAUAUUGUCAUCUUCAUGUUAAAGAACUUUUUGAAAUGCCGUAUGAUCCGCCAGCAGAUCCACAUAAAGUUAUUCAAACAUGUGAAUGGUUAACAGAUAAUGAAAUAAAUGAAAUAACUCCACAGAUUCUUGGAGAUUAUCCAAAUUCUUAUGCUUAUACAAAAGCAUUAGCAGAACAUUUAGUUGUAGAAACAUUUGAUCAGUUACCAACAAGUAUUGUACGUCCUUCAAUUGUUAUACCAAUUUAUUAUGAACCAAUAUCAGGUUGGACUGAUAAUAUAAAUGGUCCAACAGGCCUUUUAAUUGGUGCUGGCAAAGGUGUUAUACGUACAAUGUAUUGUAAUUCGUCUGGUUACGGAGAUUUCUUACCAGUUGAUAUUGCUGUUAAUGGAAUGUUGGUUAGCAGUUGGCAUAAUUUAAAAGAAGGUAAAGUUUUAACACGUGUUGCACAUAUGACAAGUUCAAGUGAAAUAAAAGUAUCUUGGGAUGAAAUUAUUAAUUUGGGACGUUGGGUUAUUGAAAAUCGUAUACCAUUGAAUGGUGUUGCAUGGUAUCCAGGAGGUUCUAUGAAAUCAAAUUAUAUUUUACAUUAUAUAAGUAUGAUAUUAUUCCAUUGGAUUCCAGCUAUUUUUGUUGACUGCUUGCUCUAUAUUUUGGGAUAUCCACCUGUAUUAUGUCGGGUACAAAGAAGAAUAACAAAGGGAUUUGAAGUAUUUGAAUAUUAUGCUAAUAGAACAUGGAAAUUUGACAAUGGCGAAGCUGUUAAAAUUAGACGUGAAAUGAAUAAAAUUGAAAGACAAAAGUAUGUUAUUGAAAAAUUCGAAUUGGAUCUGGUUAAAUACUUUGAAAAUUGUACGCUAUGUGCUAGAAGAUAUAUACUGAAGGAGCCUGACGAUACUAUCCCAGCAGCCCGAAAACACAUGAGAAUAAUGUACGUGAUCGAUAAAUUUUGCAAGAUUGCAUUUAUCAUUUUUCUUUUAUAUAUGCUGUAUUCAAGAAUAUUUAGUAGAUUCCUUUUCCGCGGUGAACCAGGUUCAAUUUUCAAAUCAAUUGACAAAAAUAUUGUAUAGAUUUUAAGUGACUUUUGUAUACCAAUUUUCAGUAUGGUUAUAAAAAUUAAUAUAAACAUCUUAUGUUGAAUUAUGUUUUUUGUGAAUAAAAUUUAUAAAUUAAAGAU